UUCGCUCACUGCAGCUGUAGCCACUCUCGCCCGUGGUUGCUUCCUCCAUCCUGGUAUUUUUUGGAGCCUCCAUCCUGGUUCUUCCAAAGUGCCCGGACCCAAAACAGGAAUGUAAAUGGACUCUAAAAAGGACAAUAUAAAAUUGUAGUCUCACACAUACAUCAACGGGUAAGAUACAAAGGAACUAUACCAGAGUGAAAGCUCUCAUUUUCUGACUGUUGCAGAGACAGGAUCAUGGGGGAAACACAGUCUGGAUAACAUGAAAGUGAUGCUGCUGUCUAAGGGAAGGCGACUUGAUUCUCUGGGAAGGGCUAUAGCUGAUCCCACCAUUGUCUAGAUUUGAGUAUGAGCACAGUUGAAGAGGAUUCUGACACAGUGACUGUAGAAACUGUGAAUUCCGUGACAUUGACUCAGGACACAGAAGGGAACCUUAUUCUUCAUUGCCCACAGAAUGAAGCUGAUGAAAUAGACUCAGAAGAUAGUGCUGAACCUCCACAUAAGAGGCUUUGUUUGUCCUCUGAGGAUGAUCAGAGUAUUGAUGAUUCUACUCCUUGCAUAUCAGUUGUUGCACUCCCAAUUUCAGAAAAUGAUCAGAGCUUUGAGGUGACCAUGACUGCAACCACAGAGGUGGCAGAUGAUGAUCUUACUGAGGGAACUGUGACACAGAUCCAGAUUUUACAGAAUGAACAACUAGAUGAAAUAUCUGCCUUGGGUAAUGAGGAAGUAUCAGCAGUUAGCCAAGCAUGGUUUACAACUAAAGAGGAUAAGGAUUCACUAACUAACAAAGGACAUAAGUGGAAGCAGGGGAUGUGGUCCAAGGAAGAAAUUGAUAUUUUGAUGAGCAACAUUGAACGCUAUCUAAAGGCACGCGGAAUAAAAGAUGCUACAGAAAUCAUCUUUGAGAUGUCAAAGGACGAAAGAAAAGAUUUCUACAGAACUAUAGCAUGGGGUCUGAACCGGCCUUUGUUUGCAGUAUAUAGAAGAGUGCUUCGCAUGUAUGAUGACAGAAACCAUGUGGGAAAAUAUACACCUGGUGAAAUUGAGAAGCUUAAGGAGCUCCGGAUAAAGCAUGGCAAUGACUGGGCAACAAUAGGGGCGGCGCUAGGAAGAAGCGCAUCUUCUGUCAAAGAUCGGUGCAGACUGAUGAAGGAUACUUGCAACACAGGGAAAUGGACAGAAGAUGAAGAAAAGAGACUUGCAGAGGUGGUUCAUGAAUUGACAAGCACUGAGCCAGGUGACAUAGUCACACAGGGUGUGUCUUGGGCAGCUGUGGCUGAACGAGUGGGUACCCGCUCAGAAAAACAAUGUCGUUCUAAAUGGCUCAACUACCUGAACUGGAAACAGAGUGGGGGUACUGAAUGGACCAAGGAAGAUGAAAUCAAUCUCAUCCUUAGGAUAGCAGAACUUGAUGUAGCUGAUGAAAAUGACAUAAACUGGGAUCUGUUAGCUGAGGGAUGGAGCAGCGUCCGUUCACCACAAUGGCUUAGAAGUAAAUGGUGGACCAUCAAAAGGCAAAUUGCAAACCAUAAGGAUGUUUCAUUCCCUGUCUUAAUAAAAGGUCUUAAACAGUUACACGAGAACCAAAAAAACAACCCAGUGCUUUUGGAGAAUAAAUCAGGAUCUGGAGUUCCAAACAGUAAUUCCAAUUCCAGUGUACAACAUGUUCAGAUCAGAGUCGCGCGCUUGGAAGAUAAUACAGCCAUCUCUCCAAGCCCCAUGACAGCAUUGCAGAUUCCAGUCCAGAUUACCCAUGUCUCUUCAACAGACUCUCCUGCUGCUACUGUUGACCCAGAAACAGUAACACUAAACAGUGGAACACUACAGACAUUUGAAAUUCUUCCAUCUUUCCAUUUACAGCCCACAGGCACUCCAGGCACCUACCUACUUCAGACAAGCUCAAGUCAAGGCCUUCCCCUAACUCUGACUGCUAGUCCCACAGUAACCCUGACAGCUGCUGCUCCUGCUUCUCCUGAACAGAUCAUUGUUCAUGCUUUAUCCCCAGAACAUCUGUUGAACACAAGUGACAAUGUUACAGUGCAGUGUCACACACCAAGAGUCAUCAUUCAGACUGUUGCCGCAGAGGACAUCACUUCCUCUAUAUCCCAAGCAGAACUAACUGUUGGUGAUAUUCAGUCAUCUGAUUUUCCUGAACCUCCAGAUGCACUAGAAGCAGACACUUUCCCAGUUGAAAUUCAUCAGCCUAAAUUAACUAUACAGCCAUCAUUUAAUGACACUCAUGUAUCGAAAUUCAGUGACCAAAAUAGCACAGAACUGAUGAAUAGUAUUAUGGUCAGAACAGAAGAAGAAAUCUCCGUCACCGACCUUAAACAAGAAGAAUCACCCACUGAUUUAGCCAGUGCUUAUGUUACCGAGGAUUUAGAGUCUCCCACCAUAGUAGAACAAAUUCAUCAAACAAUAGAUGAUGAAACAAUACUUAUCGUUCCUUCUCCUCAUGGCUUCAUCCAAGCGUCUGAUGUCAUUGAUGCUGAAUCUGUCUUGCCUUUGACAACACUAACAGAUCCCAUAUUCCAACAUCACCAGGAAGAAUCAAAUAUCAUUGGAUCAUGUUUGGGCAGUCCUGUUUCUGAAGACUCAAAAGAUGUUGAGGAGUUGGUAAACUGCCAUUAGGUAAUUCUUAGAAGAAACAGGUAGUUGUGCAAAGAAGCCACUCUGUGAAGUUACAGUAUCUCCAAAGACAUAGGAGCAACUCUCAAGAGGCUUAAUUCAUCUCUUCUUUUGGUUUUUAUGUAGCUACAGUAUUUAAGCCAUGCACGCACACUGCUGCUGCUGUGACUUUUUACCUCCUCUUAAGUUUGUCAUUUGCGGUCCAGUUUUAGGAUUGCGUAGUUGAGGGGAGUAUUGGGAGUAUUGACUGCCGUCCUUGUGUUUAGUGUUGUCAGGAGGGAAUUUGAUUCACUCCAGCUAGUGGAAACUUUUAAAACCAUCAAACUUAACUCCUCUAGUUUAAAAGCUGUAAUCUUUACCUCAACAGAUAGAUCACACAUGGCACUCUACUGAGUCUUAGCCCACCUUAUUUCUGAAAGUCUUUAUCUCAGUGGUCCAUAGAGCUCAUCACUGACCUUCAAAAGAGUAUAUAGUAUUAAUUUGAGAAGCAUAAAAACACCAAGAAACUUGGGUGUGGUAUGGCAGUUACUUUUAGUUAACCCAUUGCUGGCAGUGGGAAAUAAUUUAGUCAGGGUAAAGAAGGCAUUAAAGAGUUGAGAAAAUUCACUACAGGAUAUAUAUAAUACACAUAUUAUAUAUAUAUAUCCAUUACUUUGAAAGGGAAUAUGGAUAAAAAUAGUAACAAAACCCACCAGAAGCUGAGCAGUUCCCCCCCUCAUCAGAAAGCACUCACCAAUUUACGGUUAAACAGAAAGAGAUAAUGUUGCCUGUAUUUAACACAUGAUCACUCAGUAAAUGUUUUGCUAUAUAAAUUUUCCAGAAAAAUAGUUGAAGGGGGGUUAUUAGAGUUGUCAUUCACUUAGUGCAUUACCUGGUGGGAGUACAUUAUAAUUCUCCCUCUUGAGCAAUUUUGAAAAAUAAAAUUUGCUUCUGUAACAAAAGGAAACAAAUCAAGAGUCAUUCCUAAGGGUUAUAAGCCAAAAUUAAUUUCUAGGGCUUUAAUGAGUUUGAUCCCUAAACAAAAGUCACAAAAACUUGUAUAAAUUAUUUUAUUUAUUAUUGUAAUUAGAUCUUCACAAUCAAAGUUGUCUUUUCACCGUCUCUUUUGUUAACGUGAAAUUGUAGUUAUAAGCAAAAAAUGGUUGCCUAGGGAACAAUAAUUGUAUAUUCAGUUUAACAGAAAUAAAAGAGUAUUUGUCUUAAAA